UUCAGUUGAUUAUCAGCUAUGGAGCUGGUUUUGCGAGUUGAUUGACUUAAGCGCCAGUUGGUGGCGAAGCUGUAUGUGGUCCAACUUCAUGAGUAGGUAAACCACGUCCUGGUAAAGAUUUACGAUCGAAGAUGGUCUGGUUGAACUUGUCCUUCACGUCCACACAAGGGACAGAUUCAUCAACGUACAAAGCAGGUUCGCAUACGGAGCCGGUUGCCAUUUCACGGGGUGUUGAAACCUUUGUCACACGACGCAUAUCAGGGUGCUACGAGCUACUUGUUUUAGUGGGAAGCUAACUACGAGGCUUCGUUGUGUCAAAGCUCAGGGUUAGGUAGGAUACCAGUGAGGAGUUUGUUCUCUCUUCGCCGAUGCAAUGCAAUUGAGAAUCCGGGAAUGUUGAGAGGCCAUUGAGAGCACCGGAACGCCUUUGAGAGUCUAAGGAGCAGCAGGGGCAAUUUCUUUUUCUUAUUUCUUAUUUUUUCUUUUUUGAGAAUGGUUGUUGAGCGUACGGGGAUGGAAGAAGCAAGAGCGUUUCGGAGUUACCCUACUGUCCCUACUUCUAGCUAAUGAGAGAUGUUGUCCUCGAGUUUUCCUUGACAAAUUAGAUUGACGAUGAUCAUCUAACGUACCUCCUGCGGCCCAACAAAUGACCCUACGCUCCGCUCAGGUUGUUGAGGUCACCUCAAAUUCAAUUAACUGGGAAUUUCUGCCGCCUUGGGAAUCUCGCUUCACCAUUGAUCAAUUCCCAAUAUGAGUGCGCGCUCCGCUUUCUGUAAUUAACCGAAUUUCUUCACGACAGCAACGCAACUAAGGGGUGUAGUUGGUGAGCGGGGUGGCUGUUUUCUGCUUUUGUUACAAUUUUUCGUUGUCGUUGCUUCAAAAGCAAGAGUGAAGCCGAAUUUGCGAUGCAUCGCGUUUCGGGAGUUUGGAGGAGCAACGGGCACAGAGGACUUCCAAGUUGCAGCUCCUUCACUUCCUUCUCGAAACACCACAGACAUGAAGCACCCAGCACUUUGUAUUCUUACUGGGAGAAGCCUCGCUCGUUGUCGCUGGCAAUUUGUACCUUCUUUUCCGUCUUCGUUCUCUGCCUCUUGGCCCUUCCUUUUGCCGUGGACAUGCCCCUGGAAAAUCCAAAAUCUGGUUACCAGGCUUUGCUGAGAACGAGCUUACGUGCUAUGCCACUCGGGGAAACAAACAAUGCGCUGCAUGAAGAAAAGGAGGUUAGGAAGAGCGAUAAAGAGUGGCAGCUUAAGCCUGACCACUUCACUUUAUUUAAAGUUUCAAGUUUUGAUACCACUCCCUUCAACCCGUUGAACCUCACGAACGCAAUUCGAAUCUACGUCUAUGACCUGCCUCCGAAAUUUAACGAAGACUGGCUGGUCGACGAACGCUGUUCCAACCAUUUGUUUGCCUCCGAAGUUGCCAUUCACAAGAUUCUUCUGACGAGUCCCAUCAGAACAUUGGAUCCCUACGAAGCUGAUUUCUUCUUCAUGCCUGUGUAUGUCUCGUGCAAAUUCAGCCCGAAGACCGGCUUUCCUUGGCUCGGACACGCGCCCAAGCUCAUGCAAGCAGCCGUGAAUCAUGUCUCUACGAAGAUGGAGUUUUGGAAUCGUAGUUGGGGGAGGGAUCACAUUUUCGUCGCUGCACAUGACUACGGUGCCUGUUUUCACACCCUUGAGACCCAGGCAAUUGCGCAAGGAAUACCACAAUUCAUGCGAAACUCUUUGAUUCUUCAGACGUUUGGAGUGAAAGGCUUCCAUCCUUGUCAAGCAGCAGAGCACAUACAAAUCCCCCCAUACAUCUCGCCCUCUGUCGCUGUAUCUUAUGUCAAGGAUCCCCUAGAGCAUCAACAACGGGAUAUAUUCGCAUACUUCCGAGGAAAGAUGGAGAUAAACCCCAAGAACGUCAGUGGCCUGCUUUACAGCAAGGGCAUAAGGACAGUGUUAUACAAAAGAUUUUCCCGCAACAAGCGCUUUGUGUUGAAGCGGCACCGGGUGGACAACUCCCAGCAAGAGAUGCUGCGAUCCACGUUUUGCCUGUGCCCCCUGGGGUGGGCGCCCUGGAGCCCCCGGAUUGUCGAAGCGGUCACCUACGGCUGCAUCCCGGUCAUCAUCGCUGACAACAUCAGCCUCCCUUACUCACACACCAUCGACUGGAGCAGCAUCUCCUUGACUGUCCCUGAGCACGAUGUGCCGAAACUCGACAAGAUUCUCAUCGGUGUGGCGGUCACAAACUUGACCGCAAUUCAGAGGAAUCUCUGGAGGGGGGAGAAUCGACGAGCGUUGCUCUUCACCGACCCACUUGUGCAAGGCGAUGCUACCUGGCACAUUUUUGAUCUAUUAUCCUCCACGCUUGACAGAUCGUUUGCAAAUCAGUGAGGUUUGUAAUUUGCAGCUGUUUGCCGAUCGGGAAGCUCGUGUGCUUGCGCUGUGAUCUGCUCGAGGAUUUAUGUCAGAUAGCUCAACCAUUGAGGAAAUGCUCACCAUGCCCUUGUAAAGAGACGAAGUAUAUACUUGUGCUGAAGAAAGUCCAGCUUUUGAAACCAUGUAACAUAUCACAGAAAAAUAAUGGUUCCAUUUUCGUGGACCAGAUAGGAAUUCCGGUGGAGUCGCUGAUUUUAUGAGCACUGUGGAACAGAUGUAUGGCUGUGUUUUGUGUGCGAACUCUUCAUUGCUGAGUGAAUCAUACAGACUGGCUUUACCAAAAAAAAAAAAAAAAAGCUCCUCUUUCUGAUGCGGUUCUGAGUACAUUGCCAGCUUUCAUUGUGGGUGGAUUUUGAGGAGAGAAACGAGCAAUUAGUGUUUUUUUAGCUUGUGUGUGAAGUUAUAUUCGGAAGUUGUUAUUGAUUUUGUGAUUUUAUUUUAGUUUAGUUUUAGUUCUUUAAUCAAAAAGGUUAUUUAUGAACUAUUGUAUCCUGUUUAUGUUGAUUUUCAUUUGUUUUCUGUAGAAGUAUCAUGAGACUGUAAUAGUCAGUAGAUUUUAAGCAGUUAUAGAAUUGAACAAACUGUUUUCUA